AUGCCCGCCGUCCAACAUCAACAACGGCUGCCUCCUGUCGACGAAGCUGCCGAUAGCGACGAACACGACGACGCCGUCCAUUACAUCUCCCACCAAUCCUCGCUUUAUAUUCUUUCAGAUUCAGACCACAGCUAUGUCCAGUCACUGAUCAAAGCCCCUUGCGAGCGCGACGCUUGCGCCAUCCAACUUCCUCACCGCAUUGAAGAUAUCCUUCCACGCUCUCCCCGUCGAAAGCAACCCCGUCCGCUCAUGGCUACUCUCACCUAUCCGCACGAUGCUCAGUCGGCCUUUGACCCUCCUCCCGGCAGUCCCCCCGACCUGACCAACAGCAAGUCAUCCAAGUCGAGCAGCAUCCACUCGUCAACCCUCCUGGACUUUAUGGGCACCACCGAGAACCUGUCGCAUUUUGAGGACAUCAACUUGGACGAGGCUUCUGGUGGGCCCUCUGCCUUCCCCAUGCCCACCAGCCCCUCUAACCGCCUCGUAUUCGAAGCUCCACGGGCCGCACACUCCACUAGGAACCUUCCGCAUUCGCACUCGCAGCAGUCCUUCCGCGACCUGACCGGCACUGCCAAAUCAAAGUAUCCCAGCUUAAAGGGUCAGGUUAACCAUGCCGUCCAGAGGCAGCACACUCAGCUAUCAGCCCCGGGCAAGCUUUCCGCCUCACCUUCCGUUCCUUCGCUCAGCAGCCUGAGUCUUGCAGCUCCACAUCGGUCCUCGCGAUCGCCGUCCCCAUCAAAUAACCGCAAAUCCUCUCCGGUAGCACGCACGCUAUCGCGGAGAAGUUCAAACAACAUGGAUACCUUGCCGUCGCCAGGAGUGAAUGUCAGGAGGCAGUCGUGGCAGGACUCAAAACGAAAGACCGUCAAGGAACGAGAGGCAGAGUGCGAUGAUGAAGACGAUGAGCUUCCGGAGGAGGCGGUCAUCUGGAAUGUACCCAUGUCACCACGCCCAACAACGGAGCGCUCCCCAGUGUCCUGGAUAGGGGAUGUCUCGCCACAAAUAUCGCCAAACCCCACAAUACCAUCCUCCUCCAAAACUUCUCCCGCGCCUCCCAUGUCACGCCGUACCCAAAGAAGCCCGUCACCACACAUUUCCAGUAGAGGUGUAUCGCCACAGCCGCCGCCACAGCAAACCACGUGGGCAGAGACAUAUACCGCAUUAGAUCCGGACGCGAAGAAGCUUACAGAGGCAUUGGAAGAAUACCAGUCUGAGCUAGAGCGAAAACAAGAAAUCACAAGACAACAGCCGGGCCUCGCACGGUCGCAGUCUUUGAACCAGCGAGAGCCCAAGUCUAAGAAACCGGCACUCCCACCAGUCCGCAAAAGCGACCCUUUAAUUGACCCUUUUCAACCGUCGGCCGAGAAGCAAAAGUAUCUCUCGAGAACACGGCCUUCUUGGCUCCCACCCAAGAACCCCAAGGAGGAGAAGAAGCAUCUCAAGGAGUACCAGCGGAUGUUGGCCAGGAUCGAGGAGGCUGAACGUCUCGAGGCUCAGCGCGCCCAAGAAGAAGCGAUAGCCCGCGAAAAGGCCACACGGAUCAAAGCAGAGUACUGGUCCACUUUAUUACUACCAAACUGGGCAACGGAGAUGACAAAAUCCGAACUGCGUGCGUCUCAUAGGAAGAUGUGGUGGAACGGCAUCCCGCCCCGGUUGCGAGGGCAAGUUUGGCAAAAAGCCAUCGGAAAUGAUCUCGAAGUCACAGAAGCAACCUACAAAAUCGCCUUGGAAAAGGCACAGAGGGAAGUCAAAACAUACGGCCACGAAGCGCUCGGCGGCCGCUACAUGUACAUUGUCGAAAGCACUCAGGCAGUGUUCCCCGAACUCAAGAUGUUUGCAGCGCGAACAUCGGAAACAGCACAAGACGAGCAGCCCUUACACCAGGAUCUCGUCGACAUAUGUUUAGCCUACUCAACAUACCGUCCGGAUAUACCUCACUCGAGCUUCGAUAUCCAUCACAUUGCCGCACUUCUCCUGUUAAAUCUUCCCGCGCCCCAAGCUUUCAUCACACUAUCGAAUCUGCUUAACCGCCCCUUGCCUCUCUCCUUCAUGGUACACGACCAAAACGCUAUCCACGCCGCAUACUCGACCACACUACACGUCUUGUCCAAGAAAGCGCCCGGUCUCGCAUCGCGCCUGGAAACACUCCGUGUCGAACCAAGAGACUACCUGUUCCACACGCUCGGCUCCCUCUUCUGCAGCCGCCUCGGCGUCGAACACGCAGCCCGCAUCAUGGACGUGUAUACAAUCGAAGGCGACAAGAUCCCCCCUCGGGUCGCCGUUGCCAUCCUAGGCAUAUUGGAAGGCAGCUGCAUGGAAGGAGAUGCGGCGCAAGUGGCUCUCACUCUCAAGGACAAGAAGAUUGAGCUCGAUGUAGACGAGUUCAUGUCCAAAGUGUACGAGGCGGGCAAGACCAGUAGCACCAACAACAACAGCAGCAGCUCGUCUAACAAGGCAUAA